AUGAGCGACGCCACAAGCAUGAGAAGACCCGUGGAAAUCACGGAAUUUAAAGUGGUCAUUAGCGACCUUCCCGACCAGCAACUGGCCAAGAUCCGCAGCGAGCUCGAGAACAGUGUGAAACACCUCGACCGCUCGAAUCUGCGUCUCAAAAAGUACAUAGCCAAAAUCGAGGGCAAAAGAGAAGACACCCCAGACGGCGUGGACCAGGAGGAGCUCGACAAGAUCGAUGCGAACGACCUGCAGCUGUUUGAGGACUCGUUCCACGAAAACGAAAUUGUGCUGAAAAACCACUACGAACGGCUCGAAGCCCUGGACCAAGAAGAAUCGUACCGUGCCAGUGGGUCGAAGGAGCCCCCCACGGCUGAGGCACAGAAAAACGCCAAAAUCAGAGCCGCCUCGUUCGACACCGAUAACACCAACGGCGACGCAAACGCCGCCAACAGCGUGUAUUUGUGA